CCCCCUCCCCAGGUUCUAGUCCCUGCAUCUUAUCUGGGUUGGGCCAGAAUCCUUUUCUCUGUCAACAUCGGGCCAGGUGGAAGGUAUUGAGAGCUCUCUUAAUAGAAAUCGUCAGGCUCACUAGGCAGGGUAGGUCGUGGUGGUAAGAAGACUGCUUUUGCUUUUCGUUGUUGGACUCCCUCCCCCGCCAGCGGCCGCUCUGGUCUGCCCGUCAGGCGGUCAGACUAAGCUAUCAGCCCAAUCGCGGGACCAGAACCUUCUUUGGGUUCUCCGCCUCCCCGAGCGUUGUGGCCAAUAGGCAGUCCGAAGAGGUGGGGGGGGGGGGGACCCCUUCCUCCCGCCUUGCUAGUUAAGGCCGCUGCUAUUAGAUCAAGCUCAGAAAGAGGACGAGGGGAGAGCUGGAGGGGUCUAUGUCUGCGCCGGGCAGAGGCGGCAGAAGAAGGUAGUGCAUAGACAGCCAAACAGCUGCAUGGGCCAGUGAGAGCCCUCGCAACCAGCUCCGCGCCAAAGGCUAGGCGGCGGCAGCAGUGGCAGUAGCAGCGGCAGUUCCGUGGAGGAGGCGGCUCUAGAGCAGGAGGACCGCGAGGAGGAGGAAGGGGAGAAGGAGGAGGGGAGAGGCGUCAGGCGCUACAGACAUUUGAGCAGCGCCUUUUUUUAGCUUUUGCGCGCUGACCGCCGCUCCGGAGUGCCCGCUAUGGAACAGGAGAAAUAUCUGCCUGAGCUGAUGGCAGAGAAAGAUAGCUUGGAUCCGUCCUUCGUGCAUGCAACGCGCCUCCUGGCCGAAGAAAUUGAAAAGUUUCAGGGUUCUGAUGGGAAAAAAGAAGAUGAAGAAAAGAAAUACCUUGAUGUCAUCAGCAACAAAAAUAUAAAACUGUCAGAACGUGUACUGAUUCCUGUCAAACAGUAUCCAAAGUUCAAUUUUGUGGGGAAAUUGCUUGGACCAAGAGGAAACUCCUUGAAGAGACUACAGGAAGAGACAGGUGCUAAAAUGUCUAUCCUGGGGAAAGGAUCAAUGAGAGAUAAAGCAAAGGAAGAAGAACUAAGGAAGAGUGGGGAAGCCAAAUAUGCCCACUUGAGUGAUGAACUUCAUGUGUUAAUCGAAGUCUUUGCUCCACCUGGGGAAGCUUAUUCACGUAUGAGUCAUGCAUUGGAAGAGAUCAAAAAGUUCCUUGUUCCAGAUUACAAUGAUGAAAUUCGCCAGGAACAAUUGCGUGAGUUAUCUUAUUUGAAUGGCUCAGAGGACUCAAGUCGUGGAAGAGGUAUUAGAGGAAGAGGAAUCCGAAUACCUCCUACAGCUCCUUCAAGGGGCCGUGGGGGUGCAAUUCCUCCUCCCCUACCACCUGGAAGAGGUGUUCCAACACCCAGGGGGACAACUGUGACACGUGGUGCUCUUCCAGUACCCCCAGUAGCAAGAGGGGUUCCAACUCCUAGAGCAAGGGGGGCUCCAGCUGUUCCAGGAUAUCGGCCACCCCCUCCCCCAACUCAUGAAGCUUAUGAAGAAUAUGGAUAUGAUGAUGGUUAUGGGGGUGAAUAUGAUGACCAGAGCUAUGACGCUUAUGAUAGCAGUUAUGCGACCCAAACACAAAGUGUGCCUGAAUAUUAUGACUAUGGUCAUGGAACAAGUGAAGACGCCUAUGACAGCUACGCACAAGAAGAAUGGGCCCCAACCCGUUCCAGCCUAAAGGCACCACCUCCAAGGGCAGCCAGAGGGGGAUACAGGGAACACCCCUAUGGUAGAUAUUGAAGGUCUUCCUCAUCUGUGACCUCACCUCAAAGACAAUUAAUAGCCUGUGGUCUCCACAUAAACAGCAACAAGACAAGUAAUAGUCCAUUUCUUUUCUAUCCUAGGGAUUACUGCUCAUGAUUACCCCCUGUACUUGUGUAUUUCUUCCUAUACUGUUGGUGUGACAUUGACAUUAGUAUUCUUUUAUAACACGGACUUAAAAGACUUUGACAAGCAUUGUCUAUAAACCAUUCAGUAGGAUGAUAUACUCUUGGUUGUUUUCAUUGUUGUGUGUAUUUUAUUUCAUUUUAUUUUUUAUUAAAAGAAAAAGCAUGAAGCUGUUACCAGAUAUUGAGUUUCUACCAACUAGCUGAGGUUGAGCUUUGUUUAGGGUUGCUAAAAGAUUGUAAUAUGAUUUUUGAACUAGAUGAUAAUCAAGAUGUAGAUAAGCUGUUUUAACCUGUCUUUUAAUAUAUGUUAGUUAGAUGAAGAUGUUCGAUAUUCAGUUUGUAAAUUUAAUUUUAAAUGCUGUUUUAAUGGGGUUGAAAACAAGCAGCUACUGUAUGUAUGUAGCUAACUGAAUUUGUUCAGUGUUUUAACCUGUAUUUGUUAAAAAAGAAAAAACCACAUAAAGUUCCAUGUGUAAGCUUCUCUAAAUAGGAAACCACAAUUUUGUCAAAUAUGUUUGCCAUAAUUUGUCAAUAAAGCUGAAACCUUUUGUAACAAACUAAAUUUGGAAUUACUUGUUUUCUAGCUUUAAAUGCCUGCUUUAUUUCUUCUUCAAGAGAUGCCUAAAAUGUUUUCUAUUUAAAUUUACAAAAAUGAACCCAAGUCUGUUUUAAGAAUUUUGUGUAAGCCUUUAAAAAAUUGUAUUAAUAACUUCUGGUUGUUAAAUAAUUUAAAAGUUAACAAACUAAACUGUUACAUGAAUCAUGGUUAGUAAACACUAAUGUAUAACAUGUUAAUGGAAAAACUGGAUUUAGAAUAAUAAAUGGAUUUUAAACUAUCCUCUAAGCUUUAUCUUGCUAAACACAAACUCUGAUUGACUUGUUUGUAUUAGCAUGUCUCACGUGAGAAUGUAAUGGAGUAUAAAGAGGUAAGAUUACCACUUACCACUGUCUAAAUGCCUAGUUCUUCAACCUUUGAGUUUCCCCGCACAUUAAAUAUCCCAUUCAACAUGUAAGCAUCGCAUAGAUUCACGUUCUUGUUUUCACUCUGAGGAGUGUGUUGAUGGCAUUUGCGUAGUUUCUAAUAAUUUGUUUUGACAAACAAAUCAUCAGUGUCACUGGCCAGUUGUUGCUAUUCAACCUCAAAAACUUUAUUUGUAAUUUUCAGUGCUAAAUAUCACCGCCCUUGAAGGCAGUUUAGAGGGCUGAUAUUUCUUUUGAGACUAUCAGACUUGAUGGCUGAUGAUUAUUAAGGAAAUAUGUCGCAGGACUCAAAGGAUGACUAAACGUUAAACAGGUAACACUAAUAGUAACUCUGUAAUUUUGAGUAUGCAACAGUAAUGUUAAAUAUUCUCAGUUAUUAAGUUACUGAUAGUUAAAAAAGUAAACCUACAAAAAUAUAACAAAUAGGUUUAUAGGCUAUUAAAACAACUAAUUAACAUUAACUAGAGGCAUCAAAAUUAUUUUACAAUAUAUAACCCUCAAGGUAAUAAACAGAACUAAAAUUAGCAAUAAUAGUAAUGCAACUCUUGCUAACAUCAAAUAUAUAACCUAAAUUUUGAUGGAGAAAAAAAAACUGUG